GCGAGCUGUUGACGCUGCGAGGAUGUGGGCAGGAAGUGCCAUGCAGAGCCAGCAGAAGCCUUCACGCUUCUCGGCGCACUUCUUGCACAAUCGUGUCGGCGCCACCAAAAAUGUCCCUCGGUUGACGCCGCCAGCCUCCAGGGAGCGGACACUCUCCCCCCCGGCGUGUGAGCCCCGAACGCUCGGUGUCGGUUCCCCAAAUCCGGACGAGGGCGCCGCUUUCUGGGCCUGCUCGCUGUGAAGACGUCAAAGGAGGCUCCGGACAAAAAAAAAAAAAAGGAUACAUUCUCUUUCCCCCCUCGGCCAUGAGGGAGUACAAAGUGGUUGUUCUCGGCUCGGGUGGGGUCGGGAAAUCCGCCCUGACCGUGCAGUUCGUGACGGGCUCCUUCAUCGAGAAGUACGACCCCACCAUCGAGGACUUCUACCGGAAGGAGAUCGAGGUGGACUCGUCGCCGUCCGUCCUGGAGAUCCUGGACACGGCCGGGACGGAACAGUUCGCCUCCAUGCGGGAUCUGUACAUCAAAAACGGACAAGGCUUCAUCCUGGUCUACAGUCUGGUCAACCAGCAGAGCUUCCAGGACAUCAAGCCCAUGCGGGACCAGAUCAUCCGGGUGAAGAGGUACGAGAGGGUGCCCAUGAUCCUGGUGGGCAACAAAGUGGACCUGGAGGCCGAGCGAGAGGUGUCGUCCGGGGAAGGCAAGGCUCUGGCCCAGGACUGGACCUGCCCCUUCAUGGAGACCUCGGCCAAGAAUAAAAUCUCUGUGGAUGAACUCUUUGCAGAAAUAGUCCGACAGAUGAACUAUUCCACGGUUCCUGCCGGACGUGACAAGUGUUGCUCGUGUGUUCUGCUCUAAACAAUCACCUUUUCUCUUCUUUUUUUUUGAAACUGAACAAAAAAACAAUCUUUAUUUCGCACCUGUUGUCUUAUGGUUUCGCACAAAUCAAACGGACAACAAUCUGACGUAGGGCUGGGCGAUAUGAGCGAAAAUGUAUCUCGACUUAUUUUUACUUAGAUUCGAUAUAUAUACCUCGAUAUAUUUUUAGUUGAAAGUAUACAUAGAAAGAUAUUCAUUUUUGAGCGAUAGUCAGUGAUUGACAACUGUACUGUAAACACUUUUAUUAACCCAGUUAGUCAAGAUAGGUAUUAACGGCACAGAAUAACUGUUUAAGUAGCACAGAAUCACAUAAUGUAAAUAAAAUAGAACAAUUUUAUUUCUACGUAAAAUAAAUAACAUGGUUGUGCAAUUGGCCCUGCGAUGAGGUGGUCAAUUGUCCAGGGUGUACGCCGCCUUCUGCCCGAUUGUAGCUGUGGUAGGCGCCAGUGACCCCAAGAGGGAAUAAGCGGUGGUAAAUGGAUGGAUGGAUAGUUGUGCAAAAACUACACAAUGUCUCAAACUUAGAUACAAAAAUACAUUUGCAGGCUGGCACUUUGUGAUUUCACUUCCUGGUUCGAUGACCUGCUUUAUCUUGCCUCUGAUUGGCUUGACCCUAACCAAUCGUGACUCAUCAUAGUAAAGGAGGAAGGGGAGGGCUUUAGUAACCCAAGGGGGGAGAACAAGAAACAACAAAAAGGCAAUAUUUGGUCAUUUUAACGUGAAAUACAUUAUAUCGAUAUCACGAUAUUUUCUUACUUCAUAUUUUGUUUAAAAAUAUAUCGAUACAUCUUCCGAACUCGAUAUAUCGCCCAGCCCUAAUCUAAAGUAUAAUAGUCCAGGAAACGUGUUUACAUUGACAAAGUACUUGAAUGUUAUUGUUUUCAAAUAUAUAGCUUUGUAUAAUAUGACACUUCUCUGGAAACGUGCCUCAGUGGGAAUGUCUUAUUGUGAAAACCUAAGAGACAUUGUUGGGUUUUUUUUUCCUUCUCAUGUACUGUUUUAAUCUCUCGUGCUCAGUGGUGGAGUCAGUGUUAACGUCGCUCACUUUGAAGACAUUGUGGUUAAAAAAAACAGAAAAAAACUAGGGAUGGGUUGUUUGACGUCGGGGAAAAUUAAUAAUUCAAGUUAUUUCGUUGAAAUAUUUCUUAUUUAUUUUAGAUGGCUUACUUUUACAGCUAAUGCUGUGCAACAGUCUUCUCGGCUUGAAUAAACAGCGCCCCUGCUGGUGACCUGCUUAUACUGCACUUCAUUUUGCCAUGUGACUAAUCUAAGACAACAGGGGUGUCAAAGUCAAAGGCCAGAUCUGACCCACAAAUGAAAGAUAUAAGGCCCCCAGGAUGAUACUUGAUUACUAUUAAAAGCGGCCCGCAUGCUGCUGUUUUAAACGCACCAAUACUCCAUCAGUGUUGGUGCUAGGAAUUUUCAAAACCCAUCAAGUCAUAUCAAUGGGGUCCCACGGUAAUUUUUUUGGGGUCCCACUGUUUUUGUAAGCAUUUUGAAAACAAAUGAUAAAUGCAUGCAUUAUCAUAGUGUUCAUUAGAUUGUGUUCUGGAAAACGGUUGUCAAACGUUACUUAAUUCAUUAAAAAAAACAAUACAAAAGAAAACACAUUUAUGCAAAAAUAAAUGUAUUCAGUUAUAAACAUUCUUUCACUUUCUUAUUUCAUUCAUGGAUCUAAACUUUACCGCUGCUGGUAGUUUUUUCUAAAUUUUUUAUUGUAAUAAUUUCAAAAUGUGUUUCUUCUAUUUUUGGCCAAAGUUUAACAAAGAAAACUCUGAAGUUGUCUUUAUUUUUGAGUUUUAAUGCCAUGAUUUUAAUAGUCCGUGUGUACAGAUUUUUCUCCCUGCGGCCCCUGAGCUCAAAUGACUUUGACACCCCUGUAAUAUAAUAAUAAACCCAUCCCGAGUAAUAAGUAGAUUUAAAAAAAAAAUGUGUUUCCCUUCUCCAGUGUGUUGGAAGUGUGUUACCAGUGGAACUUAGUGCACAAGGACCUUAGUGCGCUGCUUUGGCUGCACGGGGUCACGCCAUGACGGUUGACCUCAUGUCAAGUGCCUUCCUGCGACUGUGCCAAGUCAGCCAGUGACGAGCCCUCCUUCCUCUGCAGUGCGUCUCCACGCCAAUCAGAACUUAGCUUUUUUUUUUGUUUGUUUGUUUCCCCUCUGAGUCAGGCCCAAUGUGGAGGUACUGCAGUGAAGAAGCCAUGUUUAAUCUUUUUCCUUGAUGAUGUGAUGACAUUUUUAUUGUAAUUCUACCUUUUGGACAAAUCUGUGAUCAACUUGUCAGUUUUGAGAGACUUGUAAUACAAAAGGCAUUUUAUGUACCAA